UUCUAUCUUCCUGGGGCCAGCCCCUACUUCAGGCCAAAUCCAUUUUAUGAAAACUUGAAGAUAAAGGAGAAAGAGGUCAUGUCAUUACUGCACAACUUAGACACAAAGAACAUUGAACAUCGUGAGAAAUUUCAGGAGCUCAAGAAGGAGAUUAACUUCUAUCGCAACCUGCACAGCCGGCUCCUGAUGGACCAGGCAUGUAUGAAGAAGAAGUUGGUCACAUUGAAGCAGGAGAGCAAGGAGUUACAGCGAUAUUUGUUUGAGUUGAACCCGAAUAAUGAAGACGAACAGGAGAAUACCAGCAACCUCCAGACCCAGCAAAAUGUGGUCUCAGGAACUGCAGGAGACAUGGCAUAGGACGGAUCCCAGGAAGACAGCCCCCUGAGGAAUGAGUUUCUCUCUCAGGAGUUCCCUGUGACGACAAUCCUCACAGUCAAAUACUUUUUUUGGGUGAAUAUUCUUCUUCUCAGAUAAUUUCCUCAAUGUUUAGAGACCCUACAUUUAUGUAUCCGUAUGCCAGCCUGUCUGGUUGAGGUCUUUCUCCUUUCUCAUACCGACAACACCAUUUGAGAGACAUCUGAGGGGACUGCUUGAUGUCUUUUCCUAGAGGAGAAACAGCACUACAACUGUGUUUCUAAAUGUUCAUUAAGAAAAUGCUGUUAAGAAAUGUUUUUGGUUAUGAUUUUCAUUGAAGUUUUCUUUUUGUUAUUUCAUAGUUAUAUAUUCUUGUUACUGUUUUUCAUUUUUAUACCAUUUUAGUUGUUCAUUUUAUGCCUGUUUUUUGUAAAUUGUAUUCCUUAUGAAUAAAAAUUGAUUUGUAA